GACAGCUUGGUAAUCCAGUCUGAUCGCUGACCGUCUGGUAAAAAACAGGACUUAAAAGAAGCAAGAUAUCGACACACACAAACCCCUCUCGUCUAACUUAACACUGAUAAAAAAAAAAUGAAAGCAAUAAGCCCCGUGCGAUCCUUCCGGAAAAACAACGCGAAUUUAUCAGAGCACUCCUUGGGAAUCUCUCGGAGCAAGACCCCGGUGGAUGACCCGCUCAGCCUGCUGUACAACAUGAACGACUGCUACUCCAAGCUGAAGGAGCUGGUGCCCAGCAUCCCCCAGAACAAGAACGUCAGCAAGAUGGAAAUCCUGCAGCAUGUCAUCGACUACAUCCUGGACCUGCAGAUUGCGCUGGACUCCAGUGUCGCACUAACCAGCCUGCAUCACCCUGCGCGGCCGGGGCAGGCUCCAUCCAGGACCCCUCUGACCACCCUCAACACAGAUAUCAGCAUCUUGUCAUUACAGUCCCCGGAGUUGCCAUCAGAGCUGAUGACAGAUGACAGCCGGACUCUGCAUCGUUAAAGCGGUGUUUGGUCAAGACGCAAAAAAACACACACAGGACCUGGGGAGCAGGACUUUCCCCCCCACCCUCUCCUCUCUUCUCUCUCUCUCUCUCUCUCUCUCCAACCUCUGUCCUCCAGGCCCUGGAUUUUUUCUUUUUUUCUUCUGACGCUGAAAUCAAGAGACUUUUGCUUAUUAUGGGACAAUCUUUAUGUGAUGUGUUUUCUGUUUGGACACUUCAUUAUUAUUUAACUUAAGACUUUUUUUUUUUUUUUUAAUUUUUAUUUGUGGGUCCUUUCUGGAAAUGGAAGGCGCGUUAUAUUCCCGACAGAGGGAGGAAAAAACGAGAUUAUUGUCACAAGGAUUAUUUCCCCUCCUCUUUCACCCCCCCUCCUGUCCCCUCUCCUUGUUGAAGUCUUCGCUUUUUUUGCGGAGGUGGGAACGUGAAUAGAAAAAAAAAAGACAACUUGGUUAGUUACUGUAAAGUUUAGUCUUGUCUUGUCAGAAUUGUUGGCACAUGAAGGACUGGACGUUGUUAAAAAAAAAAGAGUAAAAAUGAAAGAAUGAAACCGUGUGAACUCUUAUCGGGAGUUUAUCUUGUAUAGUUGCAGGAAUUUGAAACUUCUGCAAAAGUGUAAUGUUGUACUUAAUUAUGCUGAAACUUUUUAUAAAAGUAAUGUAAAUUGUACCGUUUUUUUAUACAAAAAUAAAUCAAAAACGCUA